AAAAAAAAAAUUACAAAUAUUGUUUGGUGACUUCUCUUCUACUGUGAGUGCAGUCUGAUCCAGCUUCUGCAAUGAGGGGAAGAUUGCCAAACCCUAGGAGUCUUACCAAUGUCACCAGACAUACCCUAAUAUCAUCCUCUUCCUUCUCCACUUCCUCCGGCCGGGGAGGGGGCCGGGGCCGCGGCCUCGGCGGAGCUUCCCCCUUCGAUUUCGCUUCCGGCGCCCCAGAAAAAACCGAACCCACCGCUGAUCCCAACUCCGAGUCAUCUGAAUCGCCAUUUCCAUUGGGACUCGGCCAUGGCCGUGGAAAACCGCCCUCCCAACCUUCUGCUCCAACCCUACCUUCAUUUUCCUCUUUCGCGUCCACUGGCAUUGGGCGUGGUCGUGGGCGGCUCACCGCUCACCCAACUGACUCAGUUCCUCAACAGUCCCCUGAUUUUGCACCCAAAAAGCCUAUCUUUUUCAGCAAAGAAGAUGCCGCAGAUUCGGCACCAAAACCCCAAUCUCAACUCGGUACAACCCCGCCGGAAGAAAACAAUCUUCCGGUGAGCAUACUUUCGGCGCUAUCUGGUGGUGCUGGGCGUGGACAGCCACUGAAGCAAACACCAGCGCCGCCCAAAGAAGAGAACCGGCACCUCCGGCAGCCGCGGCAGCCGGUCUUCAGGUCGCCGCAGCAGCCGGUCGCUGGGCCGCCGCAGCCAAGAUUGAGCCGGGAAGAGGCGGUGAAGAAGGCGGUGGGGAUUUUGUCGCGCGGUGGUGAUGGCGGUGGCGAUGGCGAUGGCGAUGAAGGCGGAAGAGGAAGAGGUUUCAGAGGGAGAGGUCGUGGGCGGGGCAGAGGGGCACAGGGUUGGAUGGGAAGAGGGAGAGGGAGAGGGAGAGGGAGAGGGAGAAUGGGUGAUCGGAGAGGUCGUGGAGGUGAUGCCCAGGAUGACUACGGGGCUGGGCUCUACCUUGGAGACAAUGCUGAUGCUGAGAAAUUGAGUAAUAAGAUUGGGUUGGAGAAAAUGAGUAAAUUGGAUGAAGCAUUUGAGGAGAUGAGUGGUAGAGUGUUGCCUUCACCAAUUGAGGAUGCUUAUUUGGAUGCUCUCCAUACCAAUUGUUUGAUAGAGUUUGAGCCUGAGUACUUGAUGGAGGAGUUCGGUACUAAUCCGGAUAUCGAUGAGAACCCUCCUAUUCCUCUGCGGGAUGCACUCGAGAAGAUGAAGCCGUUCCUGAUGCAGUAUGAGGGAAUUCAGAGUCAAGAAGAGUGGGAGGAAGUCAUGAAGGAAACAAUGGAAAACGUUCCAUAUCUGAAAGAACUUGUAGAUUACUACAGUGGACCUGAUAGAGUAACUGCAAAGAAACAACAAGAAGAGUUAGAAAGAGUUGCAAAAACUCUACCAGAAACUGCACCUAAUUCAGUGAAGCGGUUCACUGAUCGUGCCAUUCUUUCUCUCCAGAGCAACCCUGGCUGGGGAUUUGACAAGAAAUGCCAGUUCAUGGAUAAGCUAGUGUGGGAGGUUUCACAGCAUUACAAAUAAACUCAAUGAAAGCUCAUUCAUGACAGGACAAUGUUGCAGUGGAAGGUUUUGCAGCAUCCUUGUCACCAAGAGUCUGCUGUGGCAUGAACUCGUAAACAUAGCUAGGUGUAAGACAUGACCUGAAAUGGAUUUUGUUUCAGUUCUGUAGUUUUAGAAUUUUGCAGUGAUUUUGCUCGUGUAAUAAUUCUUUUGUAACAGUUGUGGUGCUGCAUAUCCCUGGAGGUUCUUUGAUUUAGUAUAUGCAGUACACCAUUAAUGAUGAACCCCAUAAGCUUUUCAGAAAAGCAACAUAUGUUAUUUUUGA